CAGUAGCACAAUAUGAUUCUUACAUCUAUUUGCGCAUUUCAGUGCGCCAGUAUUUAUAACCUAGUAAACACUAUUUAACUAUCUAUCAGACUAAUGUUAUUGUAGGUCAAGAUGGCGCUUCAUGAUUUAGAGUGAGUCAUGGCGUCCCUACUGUCUACAAAACAGCAGUAUGCACGGCCACUUUCAUAGAUGGACAAAACUGUGUCUGAAACAGACCGAAAACUACGUGGAUUUUAAUUCAAACAACACAUUCUAUUCAUCAAUUAACCAAAGGAAAUUUGUAUUCCAUUUAGAGAAUUUGUUUUGAGGUUUAAAAAGAAAUAUAUGUUUGUAAAGACGACCUAAUGAGUGUUUCAGGUAAUCCAUAUUCAUCCGCUCUGAGUUCCUGCCUCACGCGCAUUGAAGGCAGCGGAACCCGGAUGGAACUGUCAUGGCUGCCGUCACCGACCUGCCAGUCUAAAGAGAAAAGAGAGGAGCCUAUAUUAUAAAGCAUGGAGGUUGACCUGACCGCAUCAGAUGAUCCCCCUGAAAGCCAUGGCCAGAGCCAGGAUGAUGACCCCUUACUGGACCACACUUUGCCACUCCAGUUGGCACAUCAGCUUCCAGAGACAGCCUCUUGUAACGAGCAGUGUGACCAAGAUGAAACGCACCCUGAGGAGUCAUCCACUGAAAAUCUUCACAUAGACAGCAAAGCUUCUGGAAAGACUCCAUGUAAGAUGCAGCAGGGCGCAAUAUUCUCUGGAAAAAUACUGAGUUUUUGUUGCUCUGAAUGCAAAGACGACACCACUUACAGCCCUAAUGACUUGCUGAAGCAUUUUCAAGGAUCACACAAAGGAACCCUUCCAACUUAUCCUUGUGAUCUGUGCUCGUUUGUCACCAAUGAAUUCUCAUCUCUUCAGCGACAUCGCAUUGGACAUCGAAACACUUUGGUCACGUGCGAGAUUUGCAACGAUGGGGUGCAGUAUUCACUUCUUUUGCUCACCAGGCACUUUACCAACUGCCACAGCCGUAACGGACAGUUUCGCUGUAAAAAGUGCGAGUUCUCCACCAGAGAUGCAGGAACCUUUGUUCAGCACAUCCAUCGUCACAACGAACGUAAUCACAAAUGUGUGAAAUGUCCGCAUGGUAGCCCCACACAAGGAGAGAUUCAGAAGCAUAACUUAGUGCAUUCAGGGACUUUUCCUUUCUCUUGUCAGAUGUGUGGCUAUAGUGCAGCUCGCAGAGAGUACCUGAACAAACAUCUUACAGUGGCACACGGUGAGGAGGUGAACAAGAGGAGAGCAAAUGAGGACAAUUCUGGAGUUACUUCAACUGGACUAAAACUGUUGCUUAAGAAGUCUCCUCCAGGUGGAGGAUCCAGAGAAUCGCAGUGGAUGUCAAAACUUAACUCACUCCCUGGUGUAGGUCUGCUCGAUCAUAAUGGCAGGUUGUUUAAUCCUGAAAAAACCUUGGAGGAAACUCAGCAGUUUCUUGAAAGAGCUGUUGGGGUUAAAAAAGAGAAUAAUAAAUGGACAAAGUCUCCCGUACAAAGUGAGCCACAAACUUUGCACCUUAUUCCAUCAACAAUGCCACAACCAAAGUUACAAGAGCAUGAGAUUAGUCCAGGACUCCUGAAUUCAACCAACAACAAUGGACUGACUGUUCUUAUGGUGAAAAAUAAAAUAUCUAUUCCACCAAACUGUACCACUAAAGUCAUGGGCUUUAAGAUAGUAGAUGGUAAAAAGCAUUUAGUUCUAAAAGUCAUACCGACAAAACCAGAGGACUCCACUGAAAUUGAGGUUUCUGAUUCACACAUCGGUGAUAAUGAAAAUAAAACAACCAGCAGCCCCUGCUCUUCAUCCUCACCAAGCAUAGGAUCUCUCCUCAGUUUAGAGUCUGGAGAAUCAAAUGAGCCGUCUUCAAUAAAAGAAGAGUCACCAGAAGUUGAAAAUCACACUGGCAACCAUCUCCCUCUGACAGAGGAGCACAAAGUUAGCUUUAAGAUUGCAAAUAAGGCAUGGCAGGUUAAUAAUGAAGAUACUGAAGUCUCACGUGGUGUUAAAGUACUGUCUACAGCAUCAAAAGAUGUUGCACUUUCUCUGUGUCAAUGCCGCCAAUCAAGUGGGAGUUCAUCCCCGCAUCUUCAUGAGGUAUCUUUCCUCUGUUCAAGUGAAAAAAGCUACAUUGAUGAUAUCCAGACAGCAAAUCCAGCCGCCACACCUCCUGUUUCAAAAUCAGAGCUUUCCUCUGCUGGUUCUGGGACUACACUUUCUGAUUUGCAAAUUGCUCAAGUAAACCCAUCUGAAUAUGACACUACAGCAUUAGCUUCAGCUAUGGAUCAACCCUCAGGAUCACAGUCACCUGCUGAUGAAACCACAGAUCCUUCCUGUGACUCUUCCAAUUCAAAAUCUGAUCCUGAAAUGUCUGUAGAUGACAAGUUCACACACAUUGAUAUCCUGGAAUCUAAACUUCCAAAAAUAAAAACAACAGAUGCAACAUUUUCUGUGCUGUCGGAAGAAUCUCUUAUCCAGGAACCUCGAUUCAGUUCAAAAGGUGGUAAACCAUGUAAGAAUAACAUUGAACGGAGCUGCCCUAUUAAACUUUCUGUGGAAAAAAACAUAAUUGAUUCAGUGGCUGCAGAAGGGCAGGAUUCUAAUUCUCUCAAAGUUGUGACCACAUUUUGUGAGAUGACUGACAUUAAGACUUUUGACGCAAAAGUUGGCGAGACCUCUCAGUUUUACCCAAAUGCUCCUUCUGACUCAAGUGAGAACAAAGCUUCAGACAGUGUAGUUGGAAAGUUAUCUGAAGUCACUAAAAACAAAACCACUGAGGCAAACUCACAAAAUGAAACUAGUAAAGGUGCAUCACCUGAUGCCAAAGAUUGUAACACAGAGGUUGAAAGGAACUUACUCAAUUCCCCAAGUCAAGAGGUCUUUAGUUUCCACAAUUAUUCUAAAGAUUCCUUCGGGAGCUCUCCCGAUUCAUUGCAGCCUGAGGAAGACUUACCGCUGGGGCUAGAGGAAGAAGAGUGCGAGGAGGAUUUUGGUGACUGGAGCUUAACUCUGCCAGCAUCGCCUCCUCUUCAAGUGGAAGAAGAUAGCAAGGGAGUGGCUAAUGAGAGUGAUCCGCUCUCUGAAAGUGGAGAGAAAGCAUUAGAGCGAGUGUCAGAUAGUGAUAUUGAGGUCGAUGAGUGCAUAGCUACUGUUGAUGAUUCGCUCAUUCCUGUGCUUCCAGAAAAAGAAGUAGAAACGGCUUGUUCAUCCUCAUCAGAGAAGAAACCGGAAGGCAUCACAUUUGCAAACGAGAACACAGCGGCAAGUUUGACUAGCGCAGCUGUUUUGGGAAAGAUACUUGAAAAGCACUCGGACGCCAUUAUCAGCCAGCAACUUGAGAAAGAAAGAAUGAGGUCUUCAGGUACAGGACAAGAAACCGUUAGGCCGACCAAAACAACACUUCGGAUUUUGCAAACACCUGAAGGAAAACAGCAGAUGUUCCUUCAAACUACAGACACUCCAUAUGCUGUGCCAGUUCAGCUGAAAAGUGGGGCUGGGUUCAAGCUGAUUACUAAGUCCAGUUCUCCCAAUAUUAAUGUGUCCUAUGUGAAACCUGGGAUUGAGACAGCCAACAAGACUAAGGGAAUAGCUUUGACUUUAAAUGGAGGCAGAAUUGGCAUGUCUGCACAAAGUUCAAGUCUGGAAACUAAAGGUCAAGCGUCUAUCCAAAUGGCACCGAGCGGCAGUGGAAACCGCUAUUUCGUCAAUGCUGCAGCUCUUAAAGCAUCUCUUCUUUUUUCAGGUGCUGUCAAGUCCUCAUCUGGAGAACAGGCGACCAAUGUGCCACAGACUUGUUAUUUAGUUCAGAGAUCACUCCCUGUUACCCCAGUUAGUAGUGAGUCAAAUGGUCCAAGUUCUAAGACUGUGCUUGCAACUCGUCCUGUAUUAGCCAUGCCUGUGAAUUCAGCAGAUAAAACCGGUCCCUUGCAGUCUGGGAGGCAAGCUUACUUAGUUAGAUACAUUUCUCCAGCUAAGUCGGGUAUACUUUUGAACAAUUCAGAUGGGAAAGCUUUGAACCAGGGCAACCAAGUAAAUGAGGCGGGCAAAAACAGGGUAUUCCUUAAGAUAGUUAGAGGUCCCAACGGCACCAGAUUUCUCUCCACUGCUCCAUACACCAUACAGUCCCCUUGCUUGUUAAUGUCCUCAAAUAAAUCUUUAACCAAUGUGUCGGCAGGUCUGAAAACCUCUACUAAUUCCCAAGGUCUCACUCAUAAACUCAUCCCAGCAUCCCAGCUUAAACAUAUUUUACCCCAAUCCAAUGUUCAAAACAAAAGCAGGGCUGAUCAUGAUGUAGCAUUACAGAAGUUGCCACUUGUUCCCUGUCCCAUCCGUCCACGAAGCCAAAGGAAACGGAGGCGAAGGGCUUUGUUUGAGGAAAUGCUGGAGGGCUCCUCCAAAAUAAGGAGAAUCUCAAGCAAGUCGUCUGAGAAAGAUGCUACCUCAAUUUGGGAGCCUGUUGCGAAAGAUGUCAUGAGACUGCUAAGGCUCUGUCCCUUUAGUCCACUUCAAGAAAUCAAAUAUCCCCGUCGAAACCAGCCUGUGGUUGUUCUGAACCACCCAGAUGCAGAUAUUCCUGAAGUUUCUAGCAUCAUGAGGUCAGUGAACAAAUACAAAGGUGAAGUUCUCAAGGUGGCACUGUCCCAAAGUACAGUUAAAGCCCUCUCUGAGUCUCCAAAUACACUUUCAAAGCAGAAUGCUUCCAAUGGCAAUGGGAGCGAAAGAUCAAGGCCAGUAGGAGGCACUGUUCAAGAGAGAUUCAUACUAAAACUAAAGUUAAAAAAGACUAGUAGAAAUAAGUAUGAGGUGGUGAGGUCCUCAUCUGCUGGUUCAGAGCAGCAGUCAACAUUUUGUUGCUGGUUUUGUGGCCGAGUUUUCAACAACCAAGAGGACUGGAUUGGCCAUGGUCAACGGCAUCUAAUGGAGGCAACAAGAGACUGGAAUAAGCUGUUCUAAUGCCCCUGGAUUGGGCCAAAUGCCAUCC